AUGCACUUCGCAGGCUCCUCCUUGUCUCCUUGCUUUGACUUUCCUGCCUCCUGCAAGCUGUUAUCCUCUGUUGGCAUUUGCAUGUUGGUGUAGCACUUGCAAGGGAAGAAAACCUCACUUCAUCUCUUAGGAGGGAUCCAGGGUGUUAUGGGAACUGAGCACUCAAAGAACGAGGGGCGAAGGAGCAUGGUUUUUCUGAGGAAAGGUCCCAAGUUGCCUGCGUGGGAAGAUGCUCUUCUCUCAGGGAAAGAGCCCAAGUCGCUGCUGAAGCGGGGGUUGCGUUAUGUCAGCUUGAGCCUCAUAAUGAAAGGGAUGACCAGCGCACCUGACUUCUUGUGGGGACUGCCUGAGGUGCAGAAACUGAACCUUUCACGCAACCGGCUGGUGAUGAUUCCUCCUUCACUGGGGAAACUGGACAGGCUGGUGGUUCUGAACUUGGGAGGCAACUGCCUCAAGUGUCUGCCUAAAGAGAUUGGGCUGCUGAGGAACCUGAAGGUCUUGUUCGUCAAUAUGAAUUGCCUGACAGAAGUGCCAGCAGAGCUCAGCUUGUGCAGGAAGCUGGAGGUUUUGAGCCUCUCUCACAACUGCAUCUCGCAACUGCCUUUGAGUUUCACCGACCUGACAAGUUUGAGGAAAUUGAACCUCAGUAACAACCGCUUUGUGCAAAUUCCCCUCUGCAUUUUUGCACUGAGGAGCUUAGACUUCUUGCAUCUGGGGUCCAACAGGCUUGAAAACAUCGCAGAGAGUGUCCAGUAUCUGGUCAAUCUCCAAAUCUUUAUCGUAGAGAAUAACAACAUACGCACCCUGCCACGAUCUCUCUGCUUCAUCACCACUCUGGAGCUAUUAAAUGUUGAUUACAAUGCUAUACAGACUCUUCCGGAUGACCUCUACCUGCUGCGCCGUCUGCCACGCAUCGCAUGGAACCCAAUGGACAAAGGCCUCCACAUCGCCCACAACCCCUUGUCUCGGCCCCUGCCUGAGGUUGUCGAGGGGGGGCUGGAUGCCCUCUUCAACUACCUCAGGGAGAAAAAGGAGCACAACUGA